AAGAUGAAAAUGAAAGCAUAAUGGAUGUGAAAAAUCAAACUGACAAUGAAGAAAAUACCACUAAUGAAACUAAUAAUGAAAAUACAAUGGAUUAUAAAUAUGUAAUGAAUUUGAUGAAAGAAUGA